GUCGGGAGUGGUACAGCAAAGUGAAUUGCUGAGGGAUUUAAAAAGUUUUCUCAUCAAGAUAGCUUCUGGAUUAUAGAAAGUGCUGCAUGUUGAUUGAUGAAAUUCAAACUGAAGGCAAAAGGGGAAGCUCUGGAGUCCUGCUUUGCUGAUUUUUGUCAAUAUAAUUAAAGGAACUGCUUGAAUCAAGGGUCAGACUCCCUGCCCCAAACCUUCCUGGCUGGUUUGCACGAAAAAGGACUAGAGGAACCUGACUGAUCGUCCCUACCGGAGCAUUAUACACAAAGUCCCUUCAAAAUGGACUACUUUUUGGAUGUUGAGUCUGCUCAAAGACUGUUUUACAGUCAAGGAGCUCAAGCUCGUCGGGCAACUCUUCUCACCGUGCCCACUCUGAUGACAGCAUCUUCUGAUGAUGACAUAGACCGGAGACCCAUCAGAAGACUUCGGUCUAAGAGUGACACCCCUUACUUGGAAGAAGCUAGGAUCUGCUUCAAUCUUGAUAAUGCUCGCCGGGCCACGCUGCUCACGGUGCCCACAUUAAUGGCGGCAUCUUCCGAGGAGGACAUCGACCGCAGACCCAUCCGCCGCGUCCGCUCCAAGAGCGACACCCCUUACCUCGCUGAGGCCCGCAUCUCCUUCAACCUCGAGGCAGCUGAGGAAGUGGAAAGACUGGCUGCAAUGCGUUCAGAUUCUCUGGUACCUGGGACUCACACACCUCCCAUCAGAAGAAGAAGCAAAUUUGCCACUCUUGGAAGGCUAUUUAAGCCAUGGAAAUGGAGGAAGAAGAAGAGUGAAAAAUUUAAGCACACUUCAGCAGCUUUGGAAAGAAAAAUAUCAAUGAGACAAAGCAGAGAGGAGCUUAUAAAACGAGGGGUGCUGAAAGAAAUUUUUGAUAAAGAUGGGGAACUUUCCAUACCAAAUGAAGAAGGAGCUUUGGAGAAUGGACAGCCUCUGGGCUCUGGGCAAGUGCUGAGCUCCAGCCAGGUAUCCCUGCCAGCCCUAGCAGAACUGGAGUCAGGUCCGGCACCUGGGGAACCCUGCUCAUAUGAGGUGCUCCCAACCACCGAGAUCAUGGAUGGGACAGUGUCUGAAGAGAGCCCCACAUCCAAUGAAUCCGGCAUCCUCCUGUCCCAAGAUCCUACAGCUAAGCCAGUCCUGCUACUUCCCCCAAAAAAAUCUGCUGCUUUCCCUGGAGACCAUGAGGACACCCCAGUGAAACAGUUGUCCCUCCUCAAACAGCCCCCUGCCCUGCCUCCUAAACCUAUUGCCAGGAUUGCCAGCCACUUAACUGAUCCUGGCGCUCCUGUGAAACUGCCUUGUAUGCCAGUUAAACUGUCACCUCCACUACCUCCAAAGAAAGUCAUGAUUUGCAUGCCUUUAGGGGGGCCAGACCUCACUCUCCCAUCCUAUUCCACGCAGAAGAGCUCCCAGCAGCCUUUGACUCAGCACCAUCACACUGUCCUGCCAUCCCAGUUAGCAGCACACCAGCACCAGCUCCAGUACGGCAGCCACAGCCAGCACCUGCCUUCUGGGUCCAACACAUUGCCCAUUCACCCUUCAGGGUGCCGGAUGAUAGAGGAACUCAACAAAACACUAGCCAUGACCAUGCAAAGGCUAGAAAGCUCUGGUUUACACACAGGUGACAGCGUUACAAAAACAGGACCUGGGGGCCUUCCAGACAUGAGACAAGUGCCAACUGUUGUGAUCGAAUGCGAUGACAAUAAAGAAAAUGUGCCUCAUGAAACUGACUAUGAAGACUCUUCCUGCCUCUACCCAAGACAGGAAGAGGAGGAGGAGGAAGAUGAAGAGGAGGACAAUUCGUUAUUUACAAGCUCCCUGGCAAGGAAAAUCUGCAGGAAGGACUCUUUGGCAAUCAAAUUAAGCAACAGGCCUUCCAAACGAGAGCUGGAGGAAAAGAACAUCCUCCCUAUGCAGACUGAUGAAGAGAGGCUUGAACUUCGACAGCAGAUUGGGACAAAGUUGACGAGACGACUGAGCCAGAGGCCAACUGCUGAAGAAUUGGAGCAGAGGAACAUACUGAAACCCCGGAAUGAGCAAGAGGAGCAGGAGGAAAAACGAGAGAUAAAGAGAAGAUUAACUCGUAAGCUGAGUCAGAGGCCCACAGUAGAAGAGCUACGUGAGAGGAAGAUCCUCAUCCGCUUCAGUGACUACGUGGAAGUGGCAGAUGCACAGGACUAUGACAGGAGGGCAGACAAACCCUGGACACGACUCACAGCUGCCGACAAAGCAGCCAUUCGGAAAGAGCUGAAUGAAUUUAAAAGCACUGAAAUGGAAGUUCAUGAAUUAAGCAGGCAUCUAACAAGGUUUCACAGACCGUAGCAGUUUGAUUCUACCUGACUACUAUGCCGUCUUCAAACCAUAACUAAAAGGAACCAUAAGUGCUGGUAUUAUUCACUUCCCUGUUACGUACAAUGUAAAUCUUCUGAACUGCCUUUUUAAAAAACAAGAGUAGAAAAUAUGAAGAAAAAAAAAAAGGAAAAUUGUAUUUACAUGUGAUGGGUACUGCAGCAUCAUCAGACCUGCUAGUUCAAGCUUCAAUAAGAGAAAAUACCCCUGGUGGGAAUCGUGCCAAGACUUGGCUUCUAUGUAUAAGACUUCCCUGGCAUGUGGAUUUGCCAUACGUGUUCAAGCCCAGCUGGUGGUGCAUCCAUUUUGUCUUCAGGCACCCGUCAUCUUAACAAGCCUCUGUCAUCAGCUCUAGAGAGCCCCAAGAUAGUGUUCAGAGAAUCACUGGCCUGGGUGAAGUCUCUGAAAGACGAGCAUCUACAACACUAAGGCACUUCUACCAAACACUCCUUUCAGACUGUGAGCACCUUACAAGGAUGGUGAAGAAGCAAAACUGCUCUAUGGGUCAGCCCAUCUGUGAACAUCAUCUGACUAGAAAGGCAUUUCUUCCCCUGGAGAAGGCUAUGGCCAGUCCACAGGCAUUGCUCAUCUCCCAAGAAGAAACAGGCAUCACCUGUUUCAACAGUAUUCCCUUCAGAAGGCUGGUUCAGUUCUAGCAAACAUUUACUUUUCAUCUCUUUCAAGUAUUAGUUUCUAAACCCAGCUGUGAACCCAUCAGCAGUAAGUGACAAGAAUGCUGAGGACAAGCAAGCAAAACCCAUCUCUUCAUGGUCGCUGCAUGGCAGUUGCUCAGCUUGUAGUUUUUCACACCCAAGCCUCAUGAUGUGUGAGAGCUGAUACGCACCUGGCAGUAGGAUGGGCUGUGAUUCUCAGCUGCUCUGUGGAGGAGGAGGAACUGGAGAGCAAGACAAACAUGAAAAGAGGAGCAGUCCAUUGAGGGCUAUCUCUGUACCAGCUCUUUCAAGAACUGAUCCUAAACUCAUACCAAGAAGAGCAUGACAGACCGUGUCACCUGGCGUAACAAAAGGAGUCUGGUGCAUUGGUAUGGGUGGGACAUGUCAGCAGUACCCACAGGUGAGGCACAAGGAUGGCAGUUCACAGGUGCUCUGGUUUGGGUUUAUUUUUAUUACAGUGAUUUAACACACAGACCAACCAGGUAGAGCUCAGAGCUGGCCAUUCUGGGCCUGGUAUACCUGCCAACUUAAAUGUGUGUGCUUAACACAAGGUAAGCACGCAAACAGCCCCACUGCACUUCAGAACGUGUCUGCCAGGCUUAACUGAAGGUGAAUCCAUUGAAGUGCUUUUCUGAACCUAGGCCAGCACCUUCCAGAAUCAAGUCUUUUGUAACACCAGCCACCUGGGACACACAGUCUAGGAUUCCUUUCCAGCCCUAACAGGAAAUUAUGCCAUGGUUUGGGUCAGUGGCCCAAAGCACUGUAGCAACAUAACUGUAACAAGUUCCGUGUUAUUACUUCAGGACACUUUUUUUUCCUUCCAUAACAGCUACUUUGCUUUGACAGUUUGAACAGAGAGGCCAAAGUUUUUUACUACAGUGUUGAUAUUUCUGUUACUAACACUGUUUUUCCCACUUUCUCUCUGUCUUCCAUGUAUCUACCCUCUCCUCUGUGCUCCCUCUCUACCUCCCCUGAUGCCAUGCUAAUAUUGCCCUUCACUGACUGCAGGAUGAGAAGUCUCUCCCAAUGUGAGCAUUUAAAGGCCAAUGCUGCAUAGUGCCAACACUACUGCCUCGUUUCAGGCCUCUGUCUCAUUCCUCUGGUUGCAGGAGUAAAGCAAAAGAACCUGAGCAUAGCCUGUGGAGUUGCUCUAGCAUCCAGCCUACCCCAAUGCUGGCAGUGAGGCUAAUGCACUCCAUUUAUGCUCAGCAGUGAUACUCAAUACCUCACGCGUUGUUGUCCAUGAGGGACAAGCAAAAUUGUUUCAUUCCCAUCUGUGGCCAGCCCUGCACUGCUGUGAAUUAUAAGAUAUUAAAAUUACAACUGGCUCCUGUAGAAUGAAAAUGUGAUGAAAGGAAAGUAAUAGCCACCUGGUUUCCAGUGACCUCUGAUGUGAUAUGCUUCCCAGACCAAGCAAUGCUUUCUGUAGAACUACAGUGCAUCACCAGCUCACAGCUGCUUUAGACAGAGGCUCAUCAGUGGUGAAAGCCUUUAAUGUCUAAUUAUCAGCCCAGCAGAGUGAGGACAGAGCACACUCAUGUGCUAGCCAGGAAUACACUGCUUUGGGGUUACUGUCAUUAGAAGCUAGGGCUCACAGGUUUAAAUUCAUUCACAUACACAUGCACAUCUGCAUCAAACCCUUAAAAAGGGAAAACAAAGUUUUAGGAUUUGACUACAUGGUGUUAAGCAAAGGGUCAGACACAGAGUUGUUAGGAGGUGCAACAAGCCCUCAUGUUCCCAGUAUGGAUUCCACAUCUGCUUGGGCACCAUUAGCUUAGACAUUCAGUGUGAAAGGGAAGGAACAGCAGCGACAGAAAUCACAGGACCUGGUAGGCUGGUGGGAGGAAAAGGCAAGAAGUGUUGGGGGUUUUUUUUCAUUUUAUGAUUAAAAUGAAGAGGAAAGAGGUAGAAGCAGCAGAUGACUGCUGUCAGUCUGAUGGUGGGGCUAGAGGCCCCAGGGGAAUGAGAAGUCUGUGGGCGAUGUCACUCUGGGUACCACUGCUGUCCCUCAUGGGCAUGAGCCCCAGCAGUACCCACACCUGCUGGCCCUGUAGCCUAAACCCUUGGGCACUGGUUGAGACAUUUAACAGCCCAGUCCUGGGUGAUGGCCAGACAACAACUGCCCUGCCUUCCUCUAGGCAGACCCAAGGCAAGUCCCUGCUGACCACUUAGCAAGCUGUCACCCUCUGCGUGCCUCAGGAUUCAUGCUGCCCCCCAGGGCAGUUCCACAGAGCAACACUUUUUCCCUUCUUUUUUAAAUUAUGUUAACUCCUGGCUGAGCAGGCAGCAGGAGACAGUGGAAGAAUUGCCAUAUUUCUGCCAAAUUGCAGGUAGAGCUUAUUACUAAAAAGGGGAAGAAGAAAGAAGCCAUAUAAAGCAUUUGGCACCAUAGUAAGCAUCACAAAACUAGUACAUCAUCUGGUUUUAGCCUCAGCUGCUCUGAGCAUUUGGGAAGUCUCCCUUUGGAGAGGCAUUCUUCACUGACCCUUCAGUGCCUGAACACUGCAGUAGACCCUGUUUGCACACCCACCUCUGGCAUCCAUGGGAAGUCGUCAGCAGACGGGGAACAGCUACUCAUGCUUUUAAAUCUGUUUUCUUGAGCACCUGCCUUCUAAUAUACAAGAGCCAUCUCUAGCACGGCAAAAUAGUUGCAGUUCUGUUGGGGGUGGGGGAAAAAACAAUAAUUCAACAACAGCUGAUUUCCUUCAUCGCAACUUGGGUUAUUUGUAGGGCAUGAUGAUGAUGGCCUUCCUGCCAAGACUCUGUUAACAUAGCAGUUAACACCAGUCAUCCCCAUUCCUAUUAGGAGGAGAUUAAUAGGAACAAUAGGAAUUAUAUCAGGUUUAGAGAGUGGAAAGAUCAGCACAGGAAAAAAAAUGUCUAUUCCAGUUAUCCAUCUCUAGGGCUGAUAGUGGAGAUAAUAUUCUAGAGUUAUGGAAGAAAAACAUUGUGGUCAUAAUUUACUGACUCCUGAUGGGUUAUUCAUACUUAAAACAUGCAAGCACUGUGCCUAUGGUAAAAUGAAGUGGAAAUGAGCAAGGCUGGGGAGCUGGCAUGGAUGGAAAAAGCAAUUCCAAAAUUUUUGAUUAUUUGAAAAAAGGUGAUGAUGAAGAAACUCAAUGCAGUCAUCACCUUCCCACGCACACCCUACAGCAGUGGCCUAUGGGGACCUGCUGCUGUAUUGACGACUUCAUAGGGAAGGUCAGUGGUGUGGCCUUUCCCCACCCUGUGCCCUGCUGGUGGGGUACUUGCAAGAUGAUGAAGCUUUGGGCUGAAGGUUUGCUGGGACAAAAUUCAGGCUCAGAGAGGUUUUUGUGUCCAGACAAUUCUUAGUGUGCACUGUAGACAUUAUCAGAAUAGAAAGAGGUGGGGGCGGGGGGGAAGACUAUAACAGUCUUUUAGCUCUUUUAUGUUAAACUGAAACUAUUUAGUGAACUCAUUACACAAGUAGUUCAGCCUAAAUACCUACAUGUAACAACAGCACUUUGUCAUCACUGGAACUAGUCACCAAACUCACCCUUCAUUACUUCUUCAGUGCCAUCUGUACAGUGGGAACACUAUAAACCAACUGAAGGGAGCGCUUCCCACAUGCCUAGCAAAAGCUUGCACUCACAGAUGGGCAAGAUGGAAAUCCAUGAACGGGGGCUCCCCAAUGUGCCUGCAAAUAAAACCACUUUGUAUAAAUAGCCAUGGAAGAUGACUAGGCUAAUAAAAUAAUCAGGAGAGAAAAGGGGGACAAAUAAUUUUUUCCCAGGUGUUCAGUCUGCUUGAGCUUGGAACAACUUCUGUAAACAAAGAGGAGGUGACGGGCACGUUACCUGUGUUCCCAUGGGUCCCAGUUACUCCUGAACCAGAUGCAUUUUCCAGUUGAUAUCCAAGUGUAUGUAUAUAAUUUGUCUUUGUAUAGGAGUGAGUGUGGUGGCUGUCAAUCAUGUGCUCUUCCAGUAUUGUAAUUUAACAGACUAUAGCUGUAUGAAAAUGAUGUAAAUAACUAGAAGAAAACUAAA